AUGUGGAAUCGCCGCAUCAUGAUGGUUGACCACUCGGUGGAUGAAGAGGCGAUUUGGUUCUUGUCGCUCGAGCAGUUAUCAUGCGGUGGUGGACGCGGCUACGGCAUGAAUGGCGCAUCGGAAGAAGAAUUUUUAGGUGAAGAGGCGGAGGAGAGCUAUUGGCCGGUAGGGACGGGCUCUCGAGAGGCGGUGAUUUUGACAAGUAUUCUGCAGCUGAUGAGAUUCCGGCGAAGAUCGGUAGGAGUUCUGCAAUCGAGAGGCACUCUGGGCGCGUGGUCGGGUAGAGGAUGCGGGUUGACCGGCAGAAGAAUGAACAGCGACGCGGUGAUGCCAACUCCUCUACUUAGGUCCAGAAAAGUUUGCACGCUGGUUGCAGAGUUGUUACCGGGGCGCUUAGCAACCCGCCUCCCCAACUGCACUCACAGAGAUGAAGUUGAGGUAAAGAAUAAUGGAACGGCUGGCAGGCUUUCCCAUCUAGUUAACACUUCCGUCUCGACUUUCCUCUCUUUCUUGCGCUACCCCGGCAUGAAACGCCGACUCCGCGUUUCCAUGCACGCGUAG